AUGAGCAUACUUGGUCUCACAAUCGAUUAUGGCCCCUUCGGUUUCAUGGAUCGCUUUCAGGCAAACUAUGUGUGCAAUGCCUCAGACAUAUCAGGACGCUAUGCCUUUUCAAGACAACCAUCUAUCUGCGCUUGGAACUGUGGCCGUCUUGCCGAAGUCUUGGUGGAAGCAUUAGCUGCACAGGAGCCACCAGAUCUGCUUGAUUUCAUCCGCAUGCAAGAUUCUGCCUCUGCCUCAUCAGAUAUGCCUAAAGACCAGACGUCUAAGACGGAUACUAAGCGUCAGCUGGCAGAUAGAUUUUCAGCUUGCCUUAAUUCGAUCUAUAUGCCUACGUUUAAGAAUGAAUUUUUGCGCCUGAUGCGAGCCAAAGUAACUAGAGGCAUUGAUAAUUAA